AUGCCAGUGACGGUCGAUGCAGGAUUUGUUCUUCCACCUUCAGAGUUGCACGAGGAUAAUCUGGUGCUGGAGCCUGUCUGGUACUCGGGGGGGCCCUAUAGAAGCAUCCUUGUUAAUAGGGAGAGGGAUCCCCAGAGGUUCUAUUACCACGGAUGGAAGAUUUCCGCUCUCGCGCAGCCUGACCAGCCGUGUUUCCAGGAUGUACUAACAGCUUCUAGCCCGAGGGACCUCUGUCAGGUGGGCUACGGGACGAUCCUUAACGGGCUGCUAAUGGCAUUUGCGAAGAGAUGGCAUCCGGAGACUUCCUUAUUUCAUCUUCUUCACGGUGAGAUUACCAUCAUUCUUGAUGAUGUGGCAUGCCUCUUACAUCUACCUAUCAGAGGUACCCUCCUUGGUCACGGUAGGCUGACGAAAAAGGAAGCAAUGGAGACAUUGAUUGAUGAGCUAGGGGCUAAUCCUGAUGACGCACUUGAGGAGGUGGAGAGGACCCGCGGGGCCCACGUCAGGUUUGCCUUCUUGCAGCAAAGAUAUCAUGUCGACCUUCUUGCGACACAAGAGGUUGUUGGUGACGAGGUAGAGGAAGAUGUACACAGAGAGCGGGCGCUGAGAUGUUACUUCCUAUAUUUGAUAGGAACUCAUCUCUUUGUGGACACGAGCUUGUCAUACACAGAGUUCAUCUACCUGACGUACUUAUUGCAUACAACAUGUAUCCAUGAGUACAAUUGGGGAGCGAUUGUACUAGCAUACAACUACUACAGACUCGGAGAGGGAUACCUAUGGAAGGCAAGGACAGUGGCUUGGAUACUACAGCAUUUCCCAUACAUUAUUGGAUGGGGAGAGGUGCCUGCCUACACUGAGCUCAUGCCACGUGCCAGUACAUUCAGCUCCUUCAGAGGGAACCAGGUGUCAGAUCCUUACAGGCGCGGACUUGAUAGCACGGCUGCCGAUGACGUACAUUAUGACUGCUAUGCUGAGCACUGUGAGACAGUUCCGUUUGAUGAGAUAUCACUAUAUUCUAGAUGGUUGGCCCUAGAGCGCGUCAUGCGUCAGUUUGACUAUGCACGACACGACCAUACUAUCUCCGCUCCUAUCGCCGUGACCCAUCGGCAGUUAGAUGAGGUCUUUGUAGACUGGGAGCAUCACAUGGUUCCUGAGGAGGCUCGGGCGACGAGAGCAGAGAGCGAUUGGAGCUGCGUCGAGGGGUACAUUACGUGGUACUACAGAAUGUCGCACUCGUACAUGUUUCUCGCUGCAGCUGGAGAUCCUCCUAGACCAACCCAGGAAGAGAUUCUGCGGACUCAUCAGGCUGAGUUUGACCACACACAGAAUCUUCUUCCUCGGUGUCUUUAG